AUGACUUCCGAAUACUCGUCGAAUCCUGAUAUCAGGAUGUUCGGUAGUCCCGCCACAGAGGUUGAGAAACCAACAUUUGAGCUCGUCGAGAAGGUCAAGAAGAACAUCUGGAUUGUCACGAGGAAGGGAGACCCGCGACGAGAGAAGUAUCUUGCCAGUCCUAGCAGCUCUUUCGGAGUGAAGCCUGAUGGUACUGUCGAUGUCACAAAAGCACAUCGAGAGGCUGAAGCUCUCAACACACUUCUGUCGACCCAUAAUCAAGCAUACACUAUCCGCCAGAUCCUCAAUCACGAAAACCUCAUUUCCAUCGUUGGUGUCAUAGAAAAUUGGCCUUUCAGCAAGUCACAAACAUCUGACAUUGUCCCGGAAAACAAUGUCCAGAUGCUCGUCUGGGACUUUGGUGAUGCUGGUAACCUCAGCGCUUUGUUCCGCCAUUAUCCCUGCACAAGUCCUGAGUUCUAUCUACCGGAAUCUCUUUGUUGGCACGUUCUGCGAUCUUUGAUUCGCGCAGUGACUUAUCUCCAUGACGGGAAACGACUGGCUUACCGGCCCGAGCAACUUGGUCGUCAUAUGGUCAGGGAAUGGGUUUCUGUAAACACCGAUUGGUUCCCAAUUCUGCAUCGUUGCAUCGAGCCUAUGAAUGUUUGGCUUCAGCAUCCUCGAGGCAAUGAGACCUAUGGUCAAUGCAAAUUGGGCGAUUUUAGCAACGCAGCUGUCACAUGCCACGUUGUGGAUGAUCAAUUCGAUCCUGACACUAUUCACUCAGACUCGAAGGGGAUGGCAUUAGCUACAAAGGAGGGGAUGUGGCGACUGGAGGAUGCUCGAUCUGACCAUCGUGUCCCCCCGGCGUCGAUUCCGAACGAGGGAGAUCGACCCUAUACCCUCGGAGAUGAGUUGUGGUCUAUUGGUGUGACGAUUUUCACCAUGAUGACUGGCCAGGCUCCAACUUACUACUGUGAGGAGUGCGGUUGUUCACAUGUCGCUUUUUGCGCAGACGGUGGCUGUCUGGAGAAAGAGGCCACUGCAAAAGGAUGUGGCUGCUUGCUUGGUGGGUGUGAGCAUAUAAGCCAGACGGAAUGUAAAGAAGAGGUCUCAGGAUGGCCCGAUUGUCCAGCUUGGCAUAAUUGCUCCGAGUUCACCAUCAACAUCCAUUCGUACCUUGCACGAGCUCGUUACACCAAACCAUUGCGUGCCAUGAUCAUGGUAAUGCUGGGAUACAACCCUGCACAGAGAAUUGAACCAUGGGUUAGAAUGGCAGAGGUUGCGCAGAUGGUGGAGCUCGCAUAUGGACAGUGGAAGCAAGAGACUGAGGAGGGGAGACUCUACGUGGAUGUUGAGGAUGACCUACUUCAGAGAGCUACACAAUGA